AUGAACCAGGCAGUGUCUUUUGGGGUCCAGCGGGAUGUACAGUUGAGAUUCCUGUGUCCAGAGGAUAUUGGGGAAGUGAAACGCUUAUGUGUAGAAUGGUUCCCCAUUGAAUAUCCAGACUCAUGGUACCAGGAUAUCACAUCCAACUCUAAAUUUUAUUCUUUAGCUGCUACUUACUAUUCACGAAUCAUUGGACUUAUUGUUGCAGAAGUGAAAUCAAAAACCAAACUCAAUCGAGAGGAUGCCGAUAUCCUUGCAACUCACUACCCGACCAGCUGUCAAGUGGCCUAUAUCCUCAGUCUGGGGGUUGUUGAUGAAUUUCGACGACAUGGUAUUGCUUCUCUCUUACUAGAUAGCCUGUUGUCCUACUUGACAUCUCGAGAUCGUUACAAUUGCAAGGCCAUCUAUCUUCAUGUGCUGACUACCAACAAUGCAGCAAUCUGUUUUUAUGAAAGGAGGAACUUCCAACCACAUAGCUACUUGCCCUAUUAUUAUUCUAUCAACAGCAAACCUCGUGAUGGUUAUUCAUAUGUACUCUACAUCAAUGGGGGGCAACCCCCCUGGUCUAUAUAUGACUACCUGAGUCAAUGUGGAGCUCUCCUUGCAAAGAUCCAUCCCUGUAUCUUGUCACAGCAAAUCCUUCAAACCGUUCAAAAAUGGAUUCGGCGUUUGUUAAGCAGUUCCUCGUAUGACACUCAGGAAAACCAUGCAAGUUAA